AAAUAUUUAGUAUUUUAUUAAUUUAAUUAAGAAAACAAGCAAUAGUUUUUUAAUAUUAUGUCAAGAUAGUCUUUUAAGGCUCCUGAUAAAGGUAGUUUUCCUCUUGAUCAUUUCCAUGAAUGCGAUGAAUUUGCUAAAGCAUACAAUUCUUGCGUUUUGAAACAUUAACUCAUGCCUAAAAGAUGUAGAUAGCAUUAAAUAGAUUAUUUAGGUUGUAGAAUGAAAGCUGGACUUAUGGAAAAAGAAGAGUUUGAAAAGCUAGGUUUUACUGAAGAGAGUUCAUGGGAAAACGAAGAAGCUGAAUAAAGAUAUUUGUUUAAUAAGAUUCAAAAGAUAAAGGAAAAAGCUUAAUAAAAUGUUAAUUAAAGAAUGAAGGAAAAACAAUAAAUGGGGGAUUAAAAAGUUGAUUAUUCAAAGCCCGAAGGUUUGAAUUGA